AUGCUUUCGAAUCGCGAGCAGAAGUUCUACUAUUACUACUUCGUGAUUCACAUUUUCACCACCAUUUUGGUGGACUCAACCGUGGUGGUCCCGGAAGCUUUCCAAUUUUCCAAACCACUUGUAGAUUACCAUAUUUCAUUGAACAAUGACUUUCUGCUGUACGAGAAACCUGCAUGGCUGUGGUGGUUUGUACUGGUCGAAUGUGUAGGCCAAUUGCCAGCUUUUUUCUGGUUUGCACACGAAUUCAAGAGACUUUGGUCGUUGAGAGAUCAGUCAGCGGACGACAAGAAUGCCAAGUCACAGCUUGUUGAUUGUGAAACGAACCUCGUAUUUUGGCUAAAGGCUUACGGAUGGAAUGCAGCGCUCACUACGCUUUUCUGUCUAUACACGGUAUGGGCCCGAGGAUACUACCCAUAUGGCCAGCAUUUGCCAAUGAACGUUGCGGAUAAAUUGAAACUGAUGGCAGUAUACUGUCCCUACGUCUUCAUUCCUGGUCGCUUGUGCUUCUUGAGCGUAAAGCACUAA